AUCAAUUCACGGACGUGCCAGACUAUCUGCCAAAUUUCUUCGGCAUCGGUCCGCUGACAAGCCGCCUUCCUUCGACACCGGUUCCCGGCCGCUCGACGGCAACCUCUUCGGAUUUCGAGAACACACCAGUGGAUGGACGCCUAAGAGAAAAAGGGCGCAGGCUCCGGCGCCAGAGUUUCGCGACAAUGAGCAGCUGCAGCCUGGGCGUCAAUGCCUUCCGACCCAGGAUUCAGGCAGCCGCGCACCACUUGACGGCAAGGCCGUGCUCCCGGUUCCUACCCGCUGCCUCAUUUCCAAGCCGCUGCUUUUCGCACUGUCCCGUUUCCAGCCAGAAACAUCAACGACCGCCACCGCGAGGAGGGCAUGACCAAAUUGCGGCUGCAGGGCUCGUCCUGGCGAGCAUCACCCGCUCGGUGCUGCCCCAACGACUAGGCAUCCUCCGCCGGACCAUAUUCGGCGGUAACAAGGUCAUCACCCGAUAUGUCGACCUGCCGCCAGAUUACAAGGACAAGGAAGGUUUGCCGUUUGCCAAGCGCGACUUGUCCGACGAGGAAGUGUAUGCCAUAUUCGGGCGGCUUCUGAGCACCGUCGCCGCCAACAAGCUCCUGAGGAUCCUCCAUGGCCGGCGCGUCGCCGGGACACUGGACGACCCGACGGUGCGGGUUAAUACGAAGGUGUUUCCCAUCGAACAACAGAAGAAAGCCCUCGCCUACCUGCGGAGGUACGUACCCGUCGACGAGGUCGCCAACGCGGCCCUCCGGGCCGAGGACGAACUGGCAGCUCUGGAAGGCGGCAGUGCUCCGGAGAAGGAGAAAGAAACGGCUGAUGAGCCGGGUUCUGCGAGCAAGCUGCCGCUCUACAAGAAGACGGAGGAGCCCAAAAAGAAGGAGAACGUUUACGGGAGGGGAGCGCUCGACGAGAUCAGCGCGUACCUGAAGGCAAAGCGUGAGGAGCAGGUCAAGCGAGAGGAGGAGGAGAGGAAGAAGCGGGAGGAGGAAGAGCUGUACGGCAGGGCGGGGCCCCUGGAGGUCGCCGGCAAGGAGCAGAAGACGCGACAGCUGAGCCCCAAGAUGCAGGAGUACAUGAUCAGGGGCCAGUCGGACCUCAAGGAGCCGCCCAAGAUGAAGAUGCGGCAGCGCCUCUUGCCGUCGGCCGCCUUCGUCGUUGCCCUGGUCGGCCUCUGCCUGGCGUACGCCGAGUUCUACCGGCCGGCCAGGAGGGCCGACCGGCUCUUCCCAGACAUACCGCCGGCGGCCGCCACGGUCGGCACGCUCAUCCUGGCGAACCUGCUGGGUUGGGCGCUGUGGAAGAUUCCGCCCAUCUGGGGGUUCCUGAACCGGUACUUCAUCAUCGUCGCGGCCACGCCGCGGCCCGCGACAAUGGUGAGCGCCAUGUUCUCUCAUCAGUCGUUCGUGCACCUCCUGCAGAACAUGUUCAUCCUGUGGUUCCUGGGAGUGCGGUACCACGACGACGUCGGGAGGGGCACGUUCCUGUCCACCUACUUUGCUUCCGGCGCUCUCGGCGCCUUGGCCACGCUGACGUGGGCGGUGGUGAGGAGCCGAUUUGACAUUGCGUCUUUGGGAGCGUCGGGCGCCAUCUACGGAGUGGGCGCGGCCUAUUUCUGGCUGCACCGGUUCGAAUACAUGCGCAUCUUCAACCUCCCUCCACCGCCGGCGGAGGGCUUCCAGGGACUGUCCAUCCUGGCCUUCGCAGCGGCGCUCAACAUCGGCGCCAUCUUCACGCCCGCGCGUUUCAAGAUAGAUAUCACGUCGCACCUGGUUGGCAUGGCGACCGGCAUCGUCGCUGCGCACCUCGCCGAAAAGAAAAAGGAGGCCAAGCGGCGGGUCGGAGAAGCGGCGGCCACAGCAAAGACUACGGUCGCCACGAGAUGAACCUUUUUUUUUUACCCUUUCCAUUUUUCGC